AUCCACGCCGGGACUUUUCCCUUCCCCCUUCUUACAUCAUUGUGCCGCGUUGCACCUUGCGCGAAAUGUGGAGCACGCUUGACUGCGCACCCGCACCACCCCCCGGCCCAGGUACAAGACAUGGCAGACUGUCGUCGACCUCCAAAGAAACACUGCACAUGAAUGCGCCGUGAUCAACAAAGCUCUUUCUUGUAUAGCUCCAUUCUAGUGUGAUACAAAUCCAACUUCAGCUCAGUUUCUCUCGUCCUGUUCUAUCUUCCACAGCCUACGAUCCACUCAUCUCAAAAAAGCAUACCACCCACCAUGCCAUCAACAAGACGUUCAUCUGCGCGCAUUGCUGCUCAAUCCCAAAACUCGUCCUCUCCCCAGCAGCCGAAAUCGUCGCCCACCGCCGCCGCCAGUAAGAAGCGCAAGAAUGAAGCUCAGGGCUCUUCUCCCAGCGCAAAGCGUGGGAAGAAGCACGCCGAGCCGGAGCAGAAGACUCUAGAGGAGACGAUCGAGAACGGCGACCAACCCAAGGACACGCCGACUGAGAAGGUCGAGAAGGAACACGACAAGCCGGAACAAACCGAAGCACAGCAAGCCAACGGGGACUCCACCUCCUCCAAGAAGGAGGAAGAGAAGCCACAAGGUGCCGACGACGACACCAAGAUGACGGGCACCGAAGGUGACGAAAAAGCUCAGCAAGCGACCAAAGAAGAAGGUGCUGAACCGGCAGAACCCGAACAGAAGAAAGAAGACAAGGACGCGGCAUCAGACGAACCCAAGAAAGAAGAAAACACGAAGCAAGAAGAAAGCAAGGAGAAGCCAAGCGAAACCAACGGCGACGCCGUCAUCGCCGAGGGCCGCGACGACAACGACGUGCCUUCCAGCAUCCUUGAAAAGGGAAUCAUAUACUUUUUCUUCCGGGCGCGAGUCAACGUCGACGACCCUCAAGACGUCAACGACAUUGCUCGAACCUACAUAGUGAUGCGCCCUCUCCCCUUGGACGCGAAACUCGGCGACGGCCCCAUCGGCGACGAAGGCAACUGCCGGCUCCUGGCGCUUCCGAAAAAGGUCCUUCCACAAAGCGGCAGAGAUCGAUUCAUGGCGUUCGUCGAGAAAGCCAAGACAGGGUUCAAGGAGUUGAAGGAGUCGUUCAUGGCAGGUUCGGAACACGAGACCAAGACUUCUGGGAAGAGCCAUGUCCCGCCCGCCACUCCUCUGGCAGAAGGCGUGUAUGCCAUCACAUCGACAGGUCGCGAGUCGCAUCUGGCCUAUAUCAUCACGAUCCCGAGCGAGCUCGGCGAGGUUCAGAAGGAACUGGGUCUUCACGAACGCGGUAGCUUUAUCAUGAGCGUCAAGAACCCAACCCAGCCUCAGCCUAGUAAUACCAACUUACCGAAGGAUCCGGAGUAUCCUAAGGAGAUCCUCGAUGAGUUCGGCAGUCUCCGCUGGAAGCCCUUGCAGCCCAAGUAUCUCGAUUACCCCAAUGCUCAGGUCCUGAUCAUCGGUGGUCAUUGGGACAAGGCGACCGAGCAAAGACCAAAGGAUGAUCGGGAGCAUAAUGCUCCUCCGGAAGAAGAGUUGGAAAAGUUGGAGGGUGAGGAUGAGAUUCGUGUCAAACAUCUCAAAGGUGAUGAUGCCGUCUUCGCCGAUCUAGGAAUCUCCUCUAAGGAUUUUCCCAAGGUGCCUACUACUUGGUAGAUUGUGUCGUUAUGACCAACCAGAACGGGCUUUUCAAGUUGAGGAGGUGACGAUUGCCGGCUCAUGUUGCUGUACAGGUUGGAAUAAGCUCUUUCAGGCGUACUGGUAGCUGCGGUUCAAAGAGCUGCUCUGCCAAAGAAAAAAAGUGUCAACGCCCUCGCAAAUCCUCGUCGAAAGCCCUUGUUAGGUACUGUAUCUGUUGGGAGGGGCUUUGUGAGACUCUCGAAUUUGAAGUAGUUGUAUGAUAAAAGGUCCCAGGAGUACGUAGUCAAAUGUAAUGCGUAGAAAACUAGCUUUGCAAUCGAGGAAAUUUCAUGAAAAAAUAGGCAACGCAGGCACAUGAAAGCAGAGCAAAUAAGAUCCAAAUAUUGAUGACUGAUUGAUGAUUAGGCUGUAUGAAGGAAAAAGGAACCUGAAGUAUUCUCGUUCUGGAUGAAUAAUAUAUGAAUUGACCAGGUAGCACCCCCCG